AUGACGUCGGAAUCGGAAGCAGCAUUUGCCUACCACGAGCCAUCCAUCAAAACAGUUUUGAAUUACACCGGGCUUCUCCUGAUCCUCAACAUAGCCAAUACCUGCCUCGACAAACUCCUGUACUGUGGGCUCAUCGGCCAGCUCUUCAUCGGCAUCAUUUGGGGUACACCAGGAGCACAAUGGCUUGACCAAGAGACAGAACGCGUCAUUCAGCAAAUUGGCUAUCUAGGGUUGAUCUUACUAAUUUAUGAAGGUGGUCUAUCAACCUCGAUCGAGUCCCUCAAAGCAAACAUUCUUCUUUCAACAGCUGUUGCCCUCACUGGAAUUGGUGUACCAAUGGGGUUAUCCUUCAUUCUCAAAGGGCUUGUAUCCGCAACUUCGCUCCAAGCAUUCGCUGCUGGUGCAGCGCUAAGCGCAACAAGUCUUGGAACUACCUUUACCAUCCUUUCAACCACUCAACUAACGACUACACGUCUUGGAACGGUCACCACAAGUGCUGCAAUGAUCGAUGAUGUCGUUGGCUUAGUUAUGGUCCAGAUUAUCUCCAACCUUGGCGGAAGCGCUACGUCGUUCAGCCCUGUGACUGUCAUCCGGCCCGUUUUUGUUUCCCUCGGGUUUGCUGUUGGUCUCUUAGUACUGUGUGCUUUCUGUCUCCGGCCGAUACUAAAGAAAGUGAUUGACCACAAGAGCAAGCUCCCUGAUUAUAUGGGAACUGCACAAUUUGCAUUCCUCACGCACAUAUGUGUUCUCGUGGGCAUUGUAGCCAGCGCGACAUAUGCUGGUACCUCGAGUCUUUUUGCUGCUUACCUUGCCGGAGUGAUCAUCUCCUGGUUUGAUAGAUUGGUGACUCAAUCUAAGCCUUCGGUGGUUGCUUCACAGUCUGAAACAUUUCAUUCAGCUACUGCUUCAUCCCACCAGCAGACUUGCAGUCAUCAAGGUGCUACACGCGAUGCCGUAAAUCAGGCAUCUCAAACUGCAGUGCCAUCUGGUACACAAGCUACACAAGAAAAUGACCCAUCGCAUGACGGUACACCGACAGGUGGAUUUAUCUACAGCAAGUAUUACAAAGAACCAACCGACCGAAUCCUCUUACCUCUGUUCUUCGCGUCAAUUGGAUUCGCAAUCCCCAUAACCAAAAUGUUUCAAGGCCAAAUCGUAUGGCGAGGAAUAAUCUACGCUAUCCUAAUGGCAAUUGGGAAAAUGAUCACAGCUCUAUGGCUCGUGCGCUUCUCCACGAAUCCUUUGACAUGUCUGGUAUCGAUCCUCAAGAGGCCAUUUGCAUACGUCCAAUCCUGCUGUUCCAAACCCCAAGCUACGAGCAAGCCUUCAAAGCGAGAGAAGAGCAGCUCAAAGAAGACAGAGGGUCGAAAUAGGACUGAGACCGGUGGAAUCUCGAGUCCGGACAAUUCCAAUCAAGAGGAGCCCCGAACGACGAAUGAACCAUCUGCAACCAAUCCCAAUCCCAAUCUCAGACCCAGGUCUCACAUGUCUCUUCCACCUAAACCCAAAUCUCUAUAUCCACCAUUCAUCCUCGGAUUGGCAAUGGUCGCCAGAGGCGAAGUGGGAUAUCUCAUCGCCUCCAUUGCGGAAAGCCAAGGGAUAUUCUCUGGAUCAUCGUCUGAAGGCUCAUCCGAUAUCUACCUUGUAGUCAUAUGGGCAAUUUCACUCUGCACACUAAUUGGUCCCAUCCUGGUCGGAACAUUGGUCAGACGGGUAAAGAAAUUACAGCAAUCCAGGAAAGACUCAGGCUCAGGCCCUGAUCCAUUGGGUGUAUGGGGUAUCUAG